AACAGCAGUAGCAGCUGGCACAGCAACAGGCGCCAACAUGGCAGCCGCCGGCUCGCCCCACCAGCAGCCAGUUGCUGACUCGCUCUCAGCAGCACGCACGAGUACCGCAGCAGGCGGGUCAACACGGACCAGCCAAGCCUCUCAGCUGGUGGUGGUGGACCAGGAGCCAAGCACUUCCGUCGUCACGGAACGAUCAGAGGCGGCAUCUACCGGUAUGUCUGGAGCGCCGCCAUCCGGAGCACCGGCACCAGCUCCAGCGCCGGCACCGGCUCCAGCGCCGGCACCAGCUCCAGCGCCAGGAAGUGUAGGAUCGGCAGCAGCAACACCCACACCAGCACCAGCGCCAGGAGCACCGGUGACCAACGAUGGCUCACCCCGCGACACGAUGUUUCCCGGAGAGACCGAGUGGGGAGAUGGGUUCGGCGGCGCUCUCUUCGGUACGCCGGCGCAGAACAAGGGCAAGCGGAAGAAAGGGCAGCUGGAGUUGGAGCCGCCGGACUUCGAGAUUCCCAACUUUGGUGGUGGAUCCCAAAGGAAGCGCUACCCUCUGCAGUUCAAGGUGAAUGCUGUGCGGUACUCGCAGAAAAGGGUCAAGGGGGCGCAAGGGCCGGGCGGGACUGUUGGGAUCUCUUACGCCACCAGGGUCCUGAACAUUCCCGACAAGGCCACGUUGGCGGAGUGGGUUAGGAAGGUCCCCGAGUACGAAGCCGCGCUUGCGGCAGAGGGCGGCAAGUUCAAGGGAUUGAAGAGCAAGAAGAACGCCAAGAACCGCAUGUCGCUGAACACAGGACGGGUCAGGACGAACCGGGAAGCCGAGCAAGCGAUCGUGGACUGGAUCAAUGAUCUGCGUUCUGAGAGCAUCUCGGCCCGCGUUUCGACGAAGAUGCUCAAGCACAAGGCCAUCGAGCUCAACCCGACCUUCUUCGGGGAGAGGCCGCUGGUAUCCGACCUCGCGGGCAACCACAAGUACAAGAAAAAGCUGAGCCAGUGGUGCAGAAGGUUUCUCAAGGUGUACCGCUUUUCUGUGCGAGCCGUCACCCGGCAAGGCCAGAAACUUCCUUCCGGCUGGCCCGUGAUCGCCAUGCAGGCGAUCAAGGAGUGGAGGAGCCUAAAGUACGACGUGCCUUCUGCGCUCGAACUUGCGGACGGAGUCGAAUGCCUGGGGGUUGCGACGGUGGCGGGAGGCAGCGCGAGCGGCGGCGGGGGUGGGAGUGGCGCUGGAGUUCUUUCGGGGCCGAAGCUGAAGUUCGCCUUGGCGCAGAUCGGCAACAUGGAUGAGACUCCUACGUGGAUGGAGAGCCCGGGGAGUGACACUGUGAACGCCGUGGGUGAGAAGGAGAUUGCUGUCAAAACCGGCGGCAAGGAGAAGGUGCGCAUCACUUCGGUCCUGACGUGCUUCGCCGACGGCAGCAAGCUGCAGCCCCUCAUCAUCUUCAAGGGCCAACCCACUCCGAAGGGGAAGUCCCCCGCCACCAACAGCAUCGAACGCGAGUUCAAGACCUACAAGGACAAGAAGGGCUACGCCUACCCCCGAGGUCUCAUCUACGCCGUCGACCCGAAGGCAUGGCACUCCCAGCGGGUGUUCAACGACGUGUGGGUCCCGCAGGUGUGGAACCAGCGCCCGGGGCGGCAGGGCCGCCUGGGCGGCUACCGCCAGCCUGACACGCUGCUGGCGUGGGACGACUACACCGUCCACAAGACGGACGCGUCUAAGGAGGCGAUGGCGAAGUCCAACACGACGCUGUUCCUCAUCCCGGGAGGCCUGACCCCCAAGCUCCAGCCGUGCGAUGGCCUCGUCAACAAGAUUUUCAAGGAACACAUGUCCAGGUUCUACGACGACCACAUGGCUUCCAAGGACGUCAAGCGCGACGAGCGCGGCUACCCGGAGGCCCCUUCGCGGGGGUUGGUGGCACAGUGGGUGAAGAAGGCGUGGGAUGCCUUGACCCCGGAGGAGAUCCGCUCGAGCUGGAGGAAGGCUGGCCUGCUGCUUCCCUUCGACGGGUCGGGAGACGAGGCCUGGGCCAACAAGGAGCUCGGCUCCAACGCCCAGGGAGAGCCCCUCGACGCGCCGUCGGCCGGUGCGGACAAGGCGGACCCGUCGUCGGGAGGCGAGAACUUGCUGGAGGUGCUGGAAAUCGACGACGACGACGACACGGGCGUGCCGGUGGUGGACAUCAGCGACGACGAGGAGGGCGUGGAGCUUUGAGGCAUCGGUAGCGAUACUUGUGUUGAGAAAAGCUCGUGUUGUCCUUCUCAUUUUCUCUUGGCGUGCAUUUCUCUCCUUCGUCGUCUUGGAGCGUGAUUGCAAUGUCGGCUGAUUUCUUAGCCGUGUGGAGUGCAACGUUUGCUUGUUUCGUAGUGUAGGUUUGUGGUUCGGGGUCUCCGAUGUGUACUGGCUUUGCUCAACUCUCUGUUGGCCGUACCUACCAGCAAGGUACGCAGCAGCCUGUUUUUUUUUGUGAGGGGGCAGAACGGAUGGCGCACUUUGUGGCCAUCCCCCGACAUCAUAUCGGGCGAGGUACCUUCGAUUUAAAAUACCGUUUUCCGAUGCUCCAUCACGCCGUCACGAUUGCUGACAUACGGUACAGUGUGUGAACUUUCUUCGGCGUUGAGGGGGUUGAGUCAUCGCCGAGGUCAUGUGCCCAAGAGUUUCGUCAACCCCCUUGAGCCCCUUUUUGUGGUAGUGCAAAGCAGCGGCAAGUGUCGUACAGGCAUUGCCAUCACCCCCCCGCAAUACCACACCCCUUCAGGGUGCGGCAGCAGCGGUUCAACUCCACAAGCAGUGUAUCACACCCCCUUUUCAUCACACCCCCGAACACAUCUUUGAGUGUUUCGACGAGUUAUCACACCCCCUGUUUAUCAC